ACCCAGGCAAGCCUGCGGCGGGCGGUCCCGGGAGCGGAUUGGCUCUGGGAGUUUCCAGAGGGCGGCUGGGAGGUGGCUAUAAGAGCGGGGAGCUGAGCGGGGCAGAGCGCGGAGACGCUGGUUGCGCUCGCGGUGGGCGGUGCGUGGCGACCGUUAGUUGACUAGUAGACGCCGCGGGUUUUCGCUCCUCAGCUUUCCUCCUAACGUCGCCUGCCGGUCAUCAGUCAGGAUGUCUGCCCGCGGCCCGGCUAUCGGCAUCGACCUGGGCACCACCUACUCGUGCGUGGGAGUCUUCCAACACGGCAAGGUGGAAAUCAUCGCCAACGACCAGGGCAACCGCACCACCCCCAGCUACGUGGCCUUCACCGACACCGAGCGCCUCAUCGGCGACGCCGCCAAGAACCAGGUGGCCAUGAACCCCACCAACACCAUCUUCGACGCCAAGAGGCUGAUCGGACGGAAGUUUGAGGACGCCACGGUGCAGUCGGACAUGAAACACUGGCCGUUCCGCGUGGUGAGCGAGGGAGGGAAGCCCAAAGUGCAGGUGGAGUACAAGGGGGAGAUCAAGACCUUCUUCCCGGAGGAGAUCUCGUCCAUGGUGCUGACAAAGAUGAAGGAGAUCGCCGAAGCCUACCUGGGGGGCAAAGUGCAGAGCGCGGUCAUCACGGUCCCCGCCUAUUUCAACGACUCGCAGCGCCAGGCCACCAAGGACGCGGGCACCAUCACCGGCCUCAACGUGCUGCGCAUCAUCAACGAGCCCACGGCGGCUGCCAUCGCCUAUGGCCUGGACAAGAAGGGCUCCGCCGGCGGCGAGAAGAACGUGCUCAUCUUCGACCUGGGCGGCGGCACCUUCGACGUGUCCAUCCUGACCAUCGAGGACGGCAUCUUCGAGGUGAAGUCCACGGCCGGCGACACCCACCUGGGCGGCGAGGACUUCGACAACCGCAUGGUGAGCCACCUGGCCGAGGAGUUCAAGCGCAAGCACAAGAAGGACAUUGCGCCCAACAAGCGCGCCGUGCGGCGGCUGCGCACCGCCUGCGAGCGCGCCAAGCGCACCCUGAGCUCGUCCACGCAGGCCAGCAUCGAGAUCGACUCCCUCUACGAGGGCGUGGACUUCUACACGUCCAUCACCCGCGCCCGCUUCGAGGAGCUGAACGCCGACCUGUUCCGCGGCACCCUGGAGCCGGUGGAGAAGGCCCUGCGCGACGCCAAGCUGGACAAGGGCCAGAUCCAGGAGAUCGUGCUGGUGGGCGGUUCCACCCGCAUCCCCAAGAUCCAGAAGCUGCUGCAGGAUUUCUUCAACGGCAAGGAGCUGAACAAGAGUAUCAACCCUGACGAGGCGGUGGCCUACGGCGCUGCGGUGCAGGCGGCUAUCCUCAUCGGGGACAAGUCGGAGAACGUGCAGGACCUGCUGCUGCUCGACGUGACUCCGCUGUCGCUGGGCAUCGAGACGGCAGGCGGUGUCAUGACCCCGCUCAUCAAGCGCAACACCACCAUUCCCACCAAGCAGACGCAGACCUUCACCACCUACUCCGACAACCAGAGCAGCGUGCUGGUGCAGGUGUACGAGGGCGAACGGGCCAUGACCAAGGACAAUAAUCUGCUGGGGAAGUUCGACCUGACCGGGAUUCCCCCGGCGCCCCGCGGGGUCCCCCAGAUCGAGGUCACCUUCGACAUCGACGCCAACGGCAUUCUCAAUGUCACCGCCGCCGACAAGAGCACCGGCAAGGAAAACAAAAUCACCAUCACCAACGACAAGGGUCGUCUGAGCAAAGACGACAUUGACCGGAUGGUGCAGGAGGCGGAGAGGUACAAGUCAGAAGAUGAAGCCAAUCGCGACCGCGUAGCGGCCAAAAACGCCGUGGAGUCCUAUACGUACAACAUCAAGCAGACGGUGGAAGAUGAGAAGUUGAGGGGCAAGAUUAGCGAGCAGGACAAAAACAAGAUCCUCGACAAGUGUCAGGAGGUGAUCAGCUGGCUCGACCGAAACCAGAUGGCAGAGAAAGAAGAGUAUGAACACAAGCAGAAAGAGCUGGAAAGAGUGUGCAACCCCAUCAUCAGCAAACUUUACCAAGGCGGCCCUGGCGGCGGCGCUUCCGGAGCCACCGGGGGACCAACCAUCGAGGAAGUGGACUAAGUUUGCGCUGGAGUCAACGUAAACCUCUUGUUCCUUUCUCUCUUUUACCCUCCUUGUUUUUCUUUGAAAUGCCCUCCCCUCCCCCCCUCCCCCCCCCCCCCCCCCCCCGCCAAGUAGGAGAUCUAGUGUUGGAAGUCUUUAUCCCGGUAUAUGCAUAAGAAAGGAAAGGUACAACAGCUUAGUUGAAUUGUAAAAGGUCAGUUCUAAAGUUUGAUUUUUUUUUUUUUUAACAAAAACUUUGAGGUUUCUCUUUAGUGCAUUUUUAUGUAUUUGCUGAGGUGCAUUUUUGGUUAGCCUAGUUUUUGUAUGGAGAUUUAUUUGAGAGGAGAAGCCUGAAGUUUGCACAAUGUUCUGUGGAAGUUUGGUAACAGUAAGAUAUAUAGAAGCUUUAUUUUUGUGUACUAAAACACUAGCGUGAACACUGCAGCAAUGUUGGGGACAGGCACACGUUUUUGCAAACAAAAUACAUAAUUUCAAAUUUAAAGUAAAGCUGAAAUUGAUCUCAAAA